UUUUGACCUGUAACGCUUUGUAUCGCUUCUUAGGUCCUCCUUCUCAAAACUUCUAUACUUCACAAGAUGCAUUUAGUUUCUUCACAGUGCAGUGUUUUUCAGUAAUCGAUUAUUUCUAGAGGAAUAGUUCAAAAGAAGAAGAAGAAGAGGGAAAGUCAAGACCACCUGUGACAUCAAGAUCAAGAACAAGACCAAGAGUUCCCGCCUCCUUCCCUCCACAGUGGUUUGUUUUUCCUUAUUAAAUCAACAAAGACUAACGUGACAGCGGCGGAGGCAGUCAUUAAAUAUAGAGGGAAAUGUGUGCUUUGACCUGGCCGCCUGGUCCACGCUUGUCCUGCCUUAGAUGGUAACUUACAGACAAUGUCCAGAAGAGAUUCAACUGGCAAAGGCCUAAACUUCAUUGAUGCCCACUUCUUCAGCCUCCCGUCCCAGGGCAACAUCUACUCCCUGGCCUCCCUCACAGACGCUCAAGGCUACACCAAGCUGCUUGUCGCCUCGCUGCAGAGAAAGAUACACUGUUUGGAGUACAGGAAUGGCAAACCUUGUAUGAGAGAAGUGCCGUUCACCUACAUUCCAGCCGGGGCAGAAAUAAUAUCAGUUGAUGCUGUGAACCGAUCUGUGAUUCAGGAAGACUUCAUCAUAGGGAUCACCAUAUUAAAGAAGGAGGAUGGGAAGGGCCAGCAGAGUCAGUUCUUCAACAUCUACUCCGACUGGGACCUCAACUCCGACAGUGCCCUGGAGGUGGUGUCCCAGAACUGCCUGACCCUGAACCUGGAGUUUGUGCCCUACUACCUCUACCACACCGAGACCCUCACCAAGAAUGGCUGGGAGACGGUGUGGCUGCUCAGCGGGAGCGACCAGCGCAUCCACGUGUACGAGCCAGGCGACGAGGCCUACCAGGAGGAGGACAAGAGCUCUGCCUCCUUCCCUGAGUUCCAGAACCUGUCGCAGAUCGCACUCUGGAUGGACGUAUCUUACUCGCACGACAAGAAGAGGCGUGUGUCGGCGGUGGGCGGUGAGGGCGGGAAAGUGGAGGUGUUCGCCGUCAGCCUGGACUCCCUGCCACGCGUCACCGCCAGCCAGUCUGUCUCCUGGGACUACCCCAUCGCCUCGGUCCGCACCUUCAGCCUCCACAGCACAUUGCCGCGACCAAGUUUUCUCAGAGCCUUUGAGCCCCAAGGUGACCGAGAGCAGAAGGAGGAGGUAGUCCACAUUGCUGCCUGCUCAGCGCUCGAGUCCUCCAUCAUAUACAAGGACUUUCUGGGUUCCCGAGAAAGCUGCCUUCUGCCGGAGUCUGGUGCCCAGGACGCUGUUUUGUGCUGCACGGUUUGCGACAUUGAUCAUGACGGACAGAAUGAAGUACUGAUUGGCACGUACGGACAAGUGGUGCUGGUGUAUAAGUGGAGUGAAGAAGGCGCGGCAGAGGAGGCGUCGGCGGCGUGGAAGCUUCACCACACCCUGAAGCUGCCGUGCCCCGUGCUGGCCAUGGUGUACGCUGAUGUGAUCGGCGACGGAUGCUUUGAGCUCGUCGUCAUGACCACCGCUGGGAUACACAUCUUCCAGCACGACCCCAAGGACAUGGCUGCUCUAGUCCUGAGGAGGCUCAGGGCUCUCAUGGAGCACAAAGGACUCCUUGAAUUGGGGACUUGAAGUGUGGUACAGGAAUCCUUAACAGGACUCCUCUUUUGUACUAAUGUUAAAACCAAAAAGUAAAGGAAUUGAGGCUCUGUC